CAAUUUCUACAGGAAGGCCUGAAGAAGAGGAACGUUGAUAGCGAGACCGAAUGGAUGGUUGUGAACAGGCGAAGAAGGAUUAGGAGUACAAUAGAUAAGGCAAAUGUUGAAGUGUAUGACAGCAAAGGAGAUAGGGAAGAGAGGAGAGAAAAACAAACUAGCAAAAGAAGUGAAGCAAUCCUGGUUAACAAUUCCACGCAAAACGAAGCGUUAUUCUACGAAGCACACAUGCUACGAGAAAUUCUAAGGAUAAACGAGUUGAUGAUGAAACAGGCUUCUUUGAACGAAGAAUUCCAUGGUAAUACUAAAGUUUCGCCGAAGAGUUGCACCAAGAAUUCCACGAACCAAAGUAAUUGUUCUGUAGAAAAAUUUGUCGACGAAACACACGAAAUACAUUUUCAAAUGACAUCGAGUGUCUCUUCGCUGCAAGAGGAAGAUGUUUCUUCAAGUACCACUGUGUUUAAGAUAGAUUCAAAGACAUCUUUCAAGAAAACAGUAUUCGGAAGUAAUCAAUUUUCUGAACCCGUUAAUUCUUCGAGAAAAGUCACAUCUCCUAAACAUUCUUUGAAUAAAGGUAAUCAGCUCUUCGAAACAAGCGUGGAAAUUAAUGUUGGAUUAGGCCUUCUCGAUCCAACGACGCAAGAAAACUGCGUUGGUUCUUCUUUGCAGGAAGAAGAUAAAGUUUCUUCGAAAAGAAUACGAAAUGUAGAGGAUAGAGCUAUUGGAGGUACGCUUUUCAGUUAUCCUUUGGAAUUAGUGGAAAUUUUCUCGAAUAAGAAAGGAAGAAGCAGUGAGAAUAAUUUAGAUACAGGACUCGAUAUAAAACAGCAAACGUGUUCGAUGAGAGUUCUUCCAAAGCAAGAUGACGAAGAGUUUAGUAUCGUAGCCGAGAAAAAUCAGAUUCCAUCGAAGAUAAAGUUGAAUAUAUCGAAGAAAGAAAUGCAAACGAUCGAUAGGAAAAACGUGGGAAGCGUCAAGCGUGGUGAUAAUGUUGAGCAAAUUUCUCGGAAAAGAUACACGCAGGAAAGUGGUCAGGACAGUGACGAUCCGCAGAAGAAAAGCAACAAAACAAAUUGUUUGAAUAAUGGAAGUUCCCAGAAAGGAUGUAGACAGGAAAAUGUAAUUAGUGGAGAUUUACAGGAAAGUCAUGGGCCAAAGAAAGAUGAAACUAGUGAAAAUUUUCAGGCAAAAUAUACGCAUGAAAAUUGUCGAAUGAAUGAAAAUUUCGAGAAAGAAUGCGCUGCACAUAAUGUUCUAGUUAGUGGAGAUUUUCGAAAAAAAAACAUACAUGACAAUGGUCUAAUUGACGCAGAUUUGCGGAAAGAAUACAUACAAGAAAAUAAUCAAACUAACGAAGGUUUUCAGAAAAGAUGUAGGCAAGAAAAUAGUACAGUUGGUGGAGUUUCCAAGAAAAAUAUGUCAGAAAAUAUCGCGUUUAAAUCACCCGAAGACCGAGAAAAUCGUAUUGCUAACGCAAGUGGCGCAGAAAUUGGAAUAAUGCAAAUGAAUGGACAAAAUUACUUAGACGAAGAUUCUACAUUUUCGUCGGAAAAGGUUCAAGCUAAUCACGAUGUAAAUUUGAUUAGAAUCGUCGAUGCGAUUGAAAAAUCGUGUAUAGAGGAAAAGAUUGAGAAAAGAAACGUAGAGAAUGAUAUCGACAAAUUUGAAGUGUCUAACGAUACGCAAAAAUAUAACGCGAGACAGUCUAUUCGUUCGAAAUCGUUCAGUCUAAAUCAUCUGUCUACUUUCGAAAAUGACAUCGAAGUAUUAAAAUUACAAAAAUCGUUUGUCGAAGGUGACGAUCCUAACACCAUCGAAGACGUACAUUCUUUGGAAUGUAACAAAGAUAUGCGUAAUAUUGUUUCAACGGAAGAGGAGGAUUUAUCAGCAAGAAACGAAGAAAAUAACGAUGACAAAUCAAAUAAUAUUCAUUCAAUUCCUGCUCUGUCAAGAGUGACAAAAAGUCACGAUCUUUUUGCUAAUGAAAAUUGCUGCAAAUUCUUGAGUUCCAGUUCUUCAAAAAGCACUGAAUUAACAAAUGAUGCAACAAUAGAGACUGGAGAAAAAAACGUUUUAAUUGAGGAAGAAACUUCCGAAGAAAAGCAUCGAGACGUCGUUGAUUCAAUUCCUCUGUCACAGAAUUUGAAUAAUACAGAAAAAUUCUGUACGAAGAAUGGCAACCUCGAUGCCAGUGAAAACUCAGAUUUCUCAAAACUUCAUGAGUCUAUCGUUAACGUUGACUCUGCAUAUGUGGAUGUUUCGUCCACAUUUGAGAAGGAAGAUCAAAAUGUGAAAGGAAAAUGUCAAAAAAAUAAUUUGAAGAUCGAUUCGCUUAAAUUAGACACAUUUGGUGACAGUGCGACUAAACAGCUUUCCAUGAACUCGAACGAAAGCAAAGCUUCGGAAACAACGUUGCAGCAUAACGAAUCUAAGGAUCUCAGAGAUUCAAGAAAUUUAUCAUCCUCAGAAAGCAUAAAUCAUUUGAAAGAAAAAUCAAAUCUUCGAGGAAAAGAUGCGGACGUAGACUCGUCGAAAGAGAACAAACUCAAGACAAUCGCUGAGAAGCAAGAAAAUCAGAAAAGUAAUGAUACCGAUAAGCAUGUAACUGUCGACGAUAAAAAUUUGUCGUGUAGCGAAACUGUUCCAUUGUCGAUAAUCAACGAUAAAGAUAUAGAGGAACGAGAUUCUGCAGAUUUUGAUAAGGAAAUUACGAGAAUCGCGAUUAACGAUAACAAUGAUGAAAUAGCUAUGCGAAAAUCGAAACGAGAUAGUAUCAAUUACGAGGAUAUGAACGUAUGUAAAAUGUUGACGAAGAUUCACGAGAGUUUGACGAGCAAUUGGCAACGAAUGGGACGGCUUCGGAUGAGAUUAGAAGUCCCAAUUUCGAUAGAAUCUGUCAAUCCGACGUUGAUGUUACAAUUACUGGACAAAACCAUCACUAGGUGCAAGAUUUACAUUCACGAUUCGAACGAUAGCCACGAAGCUGAAUUGCAAAUGGCUAACCUACUGGCGAAACACGUUGCCCGGAUGAUAAAAAUUGUAAAAAUUCUUACAACAACUUUAAAAAAUCAAGAACGACGCGUCGACCAAAUGCAAUUAGAAUUACUUCAAAAGCGUCAUGCUAAUAAAAAAAGGUUUAUUUUGAACGAAACGAUUUUAAUUUCAAGAUAUUGGGUGGCAGAAAUAUUUUGUUACAUCGAAUAUAUUUCACGUUUGGUGAAACAAGUAAUGUUCGAGAAUGAAGAGAAAGAAAAUGUUAAAAGUUUAGAAAGAUGUAAAAUGCCACGUCGUAUAGUAAACAGCUCUUCUAUUAAUGGCGCCAAGAUAGUCUAUACAAAUAUUUCAAUAUUAUUUAUAAAAUGCUACUUAACAAAUGUUAACACACAUUUCAGACAAACAACUGGUACUGUUCGCACAGGAAAUAUUAUAUCAGAGCUUGUGAAAAAGGAAAGCACUGUGGAGACUCAAAUGUCGGUAGUUUCGAAUUCCGUGAAUUCUUUGAAACAGUGCAAUUUCACGAAACGCUUAAGCCCUGGAAGAUGUGUGGAAAAAGAAAAGCAUUUGUAUGAAGCGCAGACAACUGUUACCGAUAAAAAAAUGGCCGACAAUUAUCGCCAUGCAGAGAAAGGGGAACUACCAAAAAAGAUAGCGUUGAGUACGAAUUCAAAUCAGUGCAAACAAUCGAUGUCUCGUCAGAAGCAACGUGCUUCUAGUAAUCAACAACCAGCUUGGAGGCCAGGAGGUGCGGUCAAAAUUCCUAUUUUUAACAGUGCAACCACGUUGAGCCAGAAAACUCGUCCAGCGAUACAUGUCAGAGAAAAAACGUAUCCGGAAAAUGCAAAGACGUCUGCGCAUAAACGAGGAGCUUCGAUGGAUCAUAUACUUGUAAAGACAAAUCUUACGAAUGUCGAGAAAACUAUAGACGAUAACGGGAAACGAACGACGAAGAUGUCCAAUCACAUCCAAGAAGAGAAACAUGGACGAGUAGGAAAUGAAUUUAAGAAGAAACCGUCUACCGAGGUAUAUCCACACAAAGAUAUUGUUCCUAAACUGACCAUUAACAUUUUAAAAACGACAGGCAAAAGAAGUAGCACAAGCUUGAAGGUUAGUCCCAGAGCGAAAUCAAAACCGAAAACAUUGCGACAUCCAUCAAAAAAAUUUAGUGAAUCGGAAAGGACUGCCUGGGGCAUAAAAAAUUACACUAACGCGUCAGUGUGUGACAUUAUUAAUAAAAGAAUCACAAGAGAAUCGGAAAUUCUUCGAGCACUCGAAAAAAUAAUUAAAGCUACGCCAGAAAAGAACAAAGGAAAAUAUGUUGAGAAACCAACGUACUGUUAUAAAAAUCAAGCUCAAGGGGAAACAAACGAAGUUUUCAAACAACCGACUGAACCGAUCGCAGUUAAAGAAGAAAUGAAGAUUAACGAGGAGGAGCCUACGAGGGAUAUCGAUUCUGAGCAAUACAGAAAAAGUCAGUUAAACGAAGUACAGUUGAAGGAAAAGUUUCAAGACGAUCAUCAGAUAGCGAAGAACUUUUCAGAGAAUCUUCCUGAAAAUCUUUCGAUAUCAAUUAUGCCAAAAAAUGUUAUUCCUGUUCUAAAUACGAGCGCUGAAGAAAAUACUAAAAAUGUUGCAACAAACGAACAUUUCGAACAUUUUCAGUCAAAAGCUCAGUCAAGCGUUGCUUUAGGAACUACUACGAGUUGUAUUGUGGAUAUUAAUUCGAGCUCAGUUGAUAGUAUCAAAAUAGAAGCUACGAAAUCUUGUCAAACUUCUUCCAACGCUAUUUCUUCGCCAGAUGUUUCAGAACUAAAACAAAAAAGUGAAAAAUCCAAAGAGAACGACACUUGUCAAGAGAAUAACACUUUCUUCCUCGAUAAUAACAGAGAGCGACAGAAAUGUGAUAGUACGAGGUCGAAGAUCCUGAAUAAUCCAUCGAUUAUGAAAAAGGAGAAAACGAGAAUAAACUCUCAUGCAGUAUCAUUGAGCAUGUUAAAGGAAUUCCUUUGUGAUCAGGGUAUCGACGUUGAUUUGGUAAAUAAAGCUGAAAGAUAUCUAAAGGACAAACAGAAAACUUGCAAAAGUUUAAAAAAGAAAUCUAUCAGCUUCGCGGAUGUACCUUCUUACAUAGAACAUAAUCGACAUUUUGAAAAAAAGACGAUUUUGAAGGAAGAGCAUUCUUGGGAGGAGAAAUUGGACAAAAAUAUUGAAGAAGAUAUUGAGAAGGAUUUAAGAAAAACUAUCGGAAAAUCUGAAACUUUUAUUAACGAUGAGGAGAAUUUAAAUGAAGUUCCUUUGCCAAAAACGAAAGAUAUUGCUACGUGUACAAUUAUAAACAAUAACGACGCCUAUUCUCAAACGGUUAUCCAUUGUAAGAUAUCCAAAUGUUUGCAGUCUACUCCUGAGAAGGACGCUUUAACGUCGAUAGAAUUGCAAGCUACGGGGACGCAAACGGAAGUGGAAGGAAGAAACGCGUGUUCAAUGACAGAGUCGCUUAACUGCAGUUCCCCAAAAGCGUUAGGAAAGUCGUAUGUUUGCAAGUCUGUAACUAUCGAACAUGUAACUGAACUUAAGAAGAAAGAUUUAGGAUCGAAAAUGUAUAAAGACUCAGAAAAUUCCAAAUCACAAAACGAUUUGCACAAAGAUUCCAAAAACGUUUCUACAAAAUCUAUCGAUAUAGAGUCUACAGACAUUGAAGAGACGAAUAAAAUUGAGAAACAUUCAUCGAAAGAGUGUUCUCGAGCGUUUGAAAAUUUAUUAAAUCAGAUGCGCGAGGAAUAUAAUGAAUCUUUACCGAAUUAUAAAAAGGAUGACGCGGUGGAUGAACUACGUUUCAACGAAUCGAAAAUAUCAUUAACAUCCAACAGUUCGUCUAUGAUAAUUAAGGGGGAAAGUAAAGAGGAAGGUCAGUCUCCUGUUAAAAUAGUUUCCAGUGGAAUAGUAGCUGCCCUUCAAGUGGCCGUCAUCAGAGCUCGGAACGUGUACAAAGCCCUUGACAUCUAUAAACGAAGAUUAAGCAAUAAUCUGAAGAAACGACAUAAAGAAUCGAGACGAAAAGAGAAGAUAAGCAAAGUUUGUAAAACGUGCGAGGAGGAAUCGAAAAGCGUGUCGAGAAGCAGCAGCGUGGUGAAGAUCAUUUUGCAAAAAAGAGACGACAGUAGAAAGGCCGUUAUCGAAGUAUUUAAGGAUCUCGGACAAGCGGAUGUUACAUCAGCGUUAAGCGAAAUAUGCUUGGAUCGUCAUAGCGAUGUGAACAGCGAAUCUGAAGAAGACAGUUUUGAGUCUGUUGUUAAUUUAUCAACGAGUACUUCCUUCAGUGAAGCCAGUUUUAAAACAGUCGACCUGGGAAUUCCGAAAAGGUCGUCCAGCAGCGUUGUUUUAAGAGACGUGGGAUCUUUGAUGGGAUUUUUGAUAAGCAAGAUCGAUGAUGUAACGUUCGAGAGAAUUGAGUGUGUUACAAAAAUAUCGAAUACAUGCGAGCCAGAAUUUUGCGGAGAUAUGAGGAUGGAAGUUGUGAAAGUGGAAAGACGAGUUUCAGUAUUCUCAACAGAGAGUUUAUUGAUUUUAGUUUACGGCAUGUUGUGCUCUGUCGUUUUCUGGUGUUUAAAUUUUACCAUUAGCUGCGAGGUCUUAUGAUUUAUGGGGUCGCUUUGUGUUGUAUUGUUCAUUUAUAUCGUUCUUUUCCUGUUCGAUUUUGUGAAUGUUGUAUCGUUAGUUCUUUUGUCUACGCUUUAUAUACAUUUAGUCUAUUGUUAAUUACAAAAUUUAACAAAAAAUAAUUUUGUUAAGUAAAUGAUUGAAUUAAAAACAUUUAAUUAAUAUUAAGUAAACUUUUCAUUUAAAUAAAAUCGAAAUAAGAUAAUUAUACCAUCAUAUACGUCAUUCUACGGAUAAAAAAUGCAUAAAAGAUAAGACAAUAUCAUUUAUUGGUAGACAUUAUUAAAUAUACAAAACUAUUUCUUGCUUGUAACGGUAUAUACCAUACAUAUCAAAUAACUCACGAAUUAGCGAUACACGCUUGGAAACACAGAUACUUAAAUUUAUUAAAAAA